AUGAGAAGCACCGACAAGGUCAUGCCCCGACACGGGUCGUCACACGCAGCAGAGUACGAGCCCUUGACGGGACCUGACACGCCGACCGAGAUGCAGCCUGAAGACAUUAUCCUCGACGACGACGACGACGACGAGUUCAGCGCCGACAGCUCGCCGGACGAACCGCCCUUUUCGUGGGUUGACUAUGGCGUCUUUGUCUUCCUGGGUCUGGCAAUGCUCUGGGCAUGGAACAUGUUCCUCGCCGCCGCGCCCUACUUUGAAUCGCGCUUCCAGGGCAGCCCCUGGAUCAAGACCAACUUCCAACCCACUAUCAUGACCGUCUCGACCACCACCAGCCUCGCCGCCGUCCUCAUCCUCACCAAGCGCCAGCGCAGCGCCUCGUACCCCCUCCGCAUCAGCUGCGGCCUGCUCCUCAACGUCGCCACCUUUGCGCUCCUCACCGCCUCCACCACCGUCGCCCUCGGCGUCUCCCCGGUCGCCUACUUCGUCUUCGUCCUCGCCAUGGUCGCCGCCACGUCCGUCGCCACCGGCCUGCUGCAGAACGGCGCGCUCGCCUUCGCCUCCAGCUACGGCCGCCCCGAGUACAUGCAGGCCCUCGUCACCGGCCAGGGCGUCGCCGGCAUGCUGCCCGCGCUGGCCGAGGUCCUCAGCGUGCUGCUCUUCCCGUCGGGCGGCAGCGGCGAUCGCAGCAGCGACGCGUCAGUGUCGACGGCAGCGGCCGAGGGCAAGACGUCGGCGUUUGUGUACUUUUUGGCCGCCGUUGUCAUCUCCGUCGUCGCCAUGGUCGCCAUGAUCCCGCUCCGGCGCCAAAACAAGCGCAACGCCCAGUACCGCGUCCUCCGCCCGGCCGGCGCCGCCGACGAGGACACAGACGAGGACGACCGGUCCGCCCCCGCGCGCAAGGUCGUCCCCAUGCGCGUGCUCUUUGCCAAGCUGCGGUGGCUGGCCCUCGGCGUCGCCCUCAUCUUCACCACCACCAUGUUCUUCCCCGUCUUCACCGCCAAGAUCCGCUCCGUCCGCGAGCCCGCCGACCCCUGGGCCGGCGGGCUUUUGGCCCCCGACGCCUUCAUCCCCCUCGCCUUCUUCGUCUGGAACUGCGGCGACUUUGCCGGCCGGGUGGCGACGGCCCUGGGAUCCGCCCGUCGCGGCCUCGGCGCCAACUCGUCCCGCGGCGGCCGCCCCAAGCUGCUCUUCAAGCUCGCCGCGCUCCGCAUCGUCCAGCUCCCGCUCUACCUGCUCUGCAACAUUGGCGGCCGCGGCGCCGCCGUCCCCAGCGACCUCUUUUACCUGCUCCUCGUCCAGCUGCCCUUUGGCCUCACCAACGGCUGGCUCUGCGCCCGCCUCAUGACCUCGGCCGGCAGCUGGGUCGACGAGGGCGAGCGCGAGGCCGCUGGUGGUUUUAUGGGCAUGUGCCUCAUCAUCGGUCUCACGGCCGGCAGCCUGCUGAGUUUUUCAAUUGCCGGCAUAUAA